CUGAUAUUUGUAUAUAGGCGACUGUACUGACAGUGGUCCUCAUUAUCAUCUUGACAUAACAGUGAAACCUCGUGGAGCUCUCGCCGUGUUUAAAUUUGAAUGAUACACACGUCAAACGAAUUCCAAACGCCAAAGUUGAUGGCUCCACGAGAAAACAGUUGUCGAAUGGAGGCGUUUUCACCCAAUGCUGUCGGAUUACAAUGCAGCUGACUUCUCUCUCUCUACAGAGUAGCGUAUACCUUACCACAUUCCCUCAGACGCUGUGUCCAAAUAAAGAAUGUCCGCUCCAAGGAAAGAGAUCCAUAGUAAACCAAGAAAGAAUGAAGCGAACCCCUGGCAUCACAACACUGAUGCGCUUGCGACCUUGGACCACUUUGGAAAGAGAGCUCUCGAGCGUGAGGCUGCCGUCCAGCAAAUGUUCGUCGAGUACGUAGAAAAAUGGUCAGCCAGCGUCAACGCCGGAGAGAUCCCGAACCAUAGCCGUAAAAGCGAUACGGUGCGAUUUCUACCACCAGACUUUCAUUUGGAGGAUAGCACUUGGGUGUCUUUCUCAAAUUUUGUGAGAGCUCAUGGCGACGGCUAUUGGUCAGCGAAACGAACUCGGUUGACUUUGAUAGAACUGAACAACCAUCCAAAACUCAGAAAUCACCGAGGGCCUUUCUACUUUGUCGAUCUUUCACAUAGCGAGCCACAAACCCAAUCAUCUAUUCAUCCAGCAGGGGAAAAUCAAGAGGAGGACAGUCAGACUGUUUCAAAACGAAAAGAGGGUUCUCGCGAAUUCUACGAUUCAAAAUUUGUGUCGAAUAAUCAGAGAAGUCAGCAACCUAAGUGGCCCAAACAGGCACAAGAGGUCGAGACUGCAUACAGCCAAUUUGUUGAAAGCAAGAUGUCGACGGGCCUGAAACAGCUUACUCAUUCUCAAUCAAGAAAUGUGGGCGAUCCCACUUGGAUCCUUCCAGCGCCCGUUCCCUUCGACACGGUGCAACUACCUCAGCACGUCCUCUAUCGGCAGCCGACUCAGAGUAAAAAAAUGUCUGUGGGGGAUAUCGAUUCAAGUUCACCUCCAACAUUGCGCCUUUUGGGAAAGCAUGCUGUUUCCCCUGGCAACCAUGAUUUUUCUCGUCGCUCAAAAGUCUUACCUAGGUCAAUGGCUGACAGCAAAAAUGGAUGUCUCGAUUUUACCGAGUUUCACAGCAGGAACGGCUGCUUUUUGCCGACGGUACCGCUACUCCACCAUGAUCAGCAUCUGUAUAGCGCUACACGAGAUGACAACGAACGAUUGCCAGUCCUACCAUCCAAUACUGAGAUGCUUGUAUACUCCCAGCUCUCGGUCAAUAUGUGCGAUAUCGAGACGCCUUUUAACGAGACGACGGAGGCCGAGACUACAGAGUACACACGCGCAGACCAGAUCAUGCUUAUGGCUCCACUCAUCCCGACGCCACCCAAACCUACUCCUCCCCGCAUGCAAAGGAACCUUGCCAACCACUGUCUUCCUAGACUAUCACCGUUCGUAAGCCCAUUUCAAUCGUUGGAGAAUUCGGUCACGUCCACGAAAAUAAACGACACCUGCAAAGGCUUACCACUCCAACAUGAUUAG